CUACAAUGUACGACACAAAUACACGUCCGUUAAAACGUCAGCGCACACUCUCCAUUUCGGCCUCGCCGAUGCCGAGAUCUUCGUCACUCACUCCAUCCCAGACGCCAGCACUCCGCCCCCUCCCUCCAGCAAUCUUACUCCUUGCGCUUCCAGGGCUUCUGGCACUUCCUCCGACUCAUCCAGACUUUGGCUUUUCACUCUUUCUCUCCCUCCGCUCAUUAAGACAAUGCUUAGCACUGCCUGCCUCUCGCUCCUGAUGUAGAAUGUCAUGCUUGGACAAGUUUAGCUGAAGUCGGCACGAGAGUCAUGGAGAGUGGCUUUUGCUCGCAGGAGGGAGGAUGUGACUGGGCUGUAGGUAUUCAUUCCGAAGUCGAGAAAGCACUUAGCAAAGGCCUUCUCAUCGCACAAAAACACCCUUCGCUUCGGCCGCUUCGCCACCACCUCACACUCCUCCAUGCUCAUGUUGCAUUUACCUUCCCUUCCUCUUCCACAUCCCCAAAAUUUGCACGUGCUAUCCUCAGACGCCUCAUUGCGUCAUUUGUACCCUCAGAUCCUCCAGGCACCGUAUAUGAUGCACACCUAGCAUUAAUCACCCAGAUUAAUACCCCUUCAUCUAAUGCUGCUGCUAAUGCCAGCCCUGCACCACUAGGUCCCCCCGCCCUCCAAGCAACACUCACCGCUAUAGAUACUUUAAUAACUCUCGCACGCAAAAACCAUCACCCCCGGAUCAUUGCCCUCGCUCACGUCAUUAGGUUGCGUGUCCUCCUUCGUGCAGGUGUAUGGACCCAAGUAGGGGCUGCUCUUGAUAUUGCGGAGGCCGUGCUUGGCUUGAUGUUCGACAAGGACGGCAAAGUUAGGAAUGGCAAGGGUAAUAUCAAUGCGAUGGCAAACGCCAAACAAGAUGAUGACGCGCUUCCCCGUUGGAACUCUAUAACUGCUCACGACGUUAAUUCUCUCUCGCGCGAAUAUUCCCAAGUGCACAUCACCAACCAUUCAAAUGUGGAACCCAGACAAGACGAGGAAAGCACGCGGUCAGACCCUGCUCAUGCUUCCCUUGUUAUUCAUACACUUCUCUCCGGUACCAUAUUUUUUACUUUCUCCGGAAACAUUCGUGCAGCCGAGCAAAGGCUCGUCGCGCUCCACGAAAUUAUCGAUAGCGGAGCACUCGAGGGGUUCAAAGACGGUAUUGUCCAGAUUCCUCUCCCUCCGCACCCUCCCCUAGCAGUCCAUACCACCCACCCACUCAUACUUCUCCCUCUUACAUUUCUCGUCAGCGCCACUGCGAAACGGGACCCAGUGGGCAGAAACCCAAAGAGACGACUCUGGGCCGAAGCAGCAAUCAGUAUUCUCAAUACUGCAAAAGAGGAUAUUAAACUGCCGCUCUGGGCUUCCUUAGCAGACAGAGACGAAAUAGUACAGCGUACAGUAAGACUCACAGCCGAUCUUUUAUGCGAGCUCGUCGCGAUAUCCAUCCAACGCUCUGAAUUCGACACCGCAGAGUCACACCUAAACGCACUACUCACCCUAAUCCACACUCACGACCUCUUCCACUCAUAUAGCGCCCGCAUCACCCUCCACGCCGCACACCUCGCACAUGCACUCGGAGAUACCGAACGUGCAGACGUAUGCUAUCACGUCGCUAAAUCCAUAGAUGACGAACGCAAUACGGGGGCCGGGUAUGUAGGUGCUGCUGCAUGCGCUGGGGAAGCAUUGUUGCGCAUAGGACUACGAGCUCAGGCUCAGGGUGAUGGCGAGCACUCGAACCCUACUGUGAAUGAAGACGCUAGCAGUGCCAAAAGCGACUGGUUGGACGCUGAGACACAUGCGCUGGCUGCGUCUGCGAUCCAGCGGUGUCACGGGAUGGGAGGGACGCUUGAAGCGGUUGGGAAGGUAGUGCAGGCAGCUGUGGCGGGUGCGAGGGGGGAGAUUGUUGGUGCCAAAUCUCACCUAAAAACUGCGCUGUCUUUAUCGACGUUAGCAGGCGAGAACCAUCUCCGUGCGUUGCUCCUCGCGCAAGUGGGUGCACAGUAUUUGCAUACGGCACCUGCGCAUGCUAUGGAGACGUUGGCCGUGUGCGAGACGCUUGGCGCUGGAAUGGGCGCGAAGCAGAAGGACGUCGAUGGUGGGAAAGGUAAAGGAAAGGAGAAAGAGAAUGGCACGGACGGUGGUGAUGGGUCGAUAGGCAAUGCCCCGCUUCGCCUCUGGGUCGGCGAAAGAUUCCUCGAUAUAUUUAAGCGCGCGAAUAAGCAGCACCGAGUGGCAAAGCAAGAGGUGUAUAAUACUAUGUAUCGGGGUGCGGUAGAAGGGAUGGUGGGGAGGGUGAGGUGGCCUUCUGCGAUGGAAUCUGCUGAUGAUGAAAAGGGGCCUGCCGACAGUGAAGAUGUCAAAAUGCAGGAUCUGGAUCUGGAUCGGGAUGUUGAGAUGUAGGUGCCUGCAUCUCUCGUUGUUCGUUUAAGGGUGACGGAGGGUGAUACAUCUUGAACACUGUGGUUUCGGGCUGCCUGGACUAAUAUUGCUAGAAGCACUUAAAAGUGAUUGAUACUCGCAACGACACACAUAACAUACUCAACACCUGAUCGCAUAAAGUUUACACUGCCAUCAUAUAGCAUAUCAACCAAGUAUUACAUACAGUAAUGUAGGUACUCCUGUAGAAUAACGCCAAAGGCCAG